GGAAUUGCGCGGGUGAUCCUGGUCGGGCACGACUGGGGCGGCGCCGUGGCCUGGAACAUGGCCCUGUUCUACCCAGAGAGGCUCCGAGCCGUGGCCUCGCUGAACACCCCGUACCGCCCGGCCGAUCCCAGCACGGAUAUCAUGGAAAAGCUGGAAUCUCAUCCCGCCUUCGAUUACCAGUUCUACUUCCAGGAGCCGGGAGUGGCGGAGGCGGAGCUGGAAAAGGACGUGGGAAGGACCCUGAAGAUCCUGAUCCGCUCCUCGAGCCGGGAGGAUCGCCUGCCCGGAGGCCUCGACACCAGCAGGGUCCGCGAGAGAGGUCGGGAAUCCUGCGGG